AUGGCGACAUGGUCACAAGUUUCGCACAAUGAAAGGCUUAAGGAGGCUUCUAAAUGUUACGAGGCCUUGCUUCCCGUCAACGCCUUCUCAUGCGCCUUCGAAGUCGCUCUCAACCGACUUGCUAUUUUGCAGCGUGAAUGCAUCAGCGUCCACAUUGGACAGGCUGGCGUACAAAUCGGCAACUCUUGUUGGGAGCUUUUCUGUCUGGAGCACGAAAUCCAACCGGACGGAUUGAUGCUGAAGGGCUCGUCGCACGAAGGCGACGAUUCGUUCAACACAUUCUUUCACGAGACCGGCAAUGGUAAACACGUGCCGCGCGCCAUCUUCUUGGACCUCGAGCCGAACGUGGUCGACGAGGUGCGCACCGGCCGGUAUCGGCAACUCUUUCAUCCCGACCAGUUGAUCACUGGAAAGGAGGACGCGGCGAACAACUAUGCUCGUGGGCAUUACACGAUCGGUCGCGAGAUCAUCGACAAUGUUCUGGAGCGGAUCCGCAAGUUGACCGAGCAGUGCACCGGACUGCAGGGAUUUCUGGUUUUUCACUCUUUUGGCGGCGGAACUGGGUCGGGCUUCACUUCGCUCUUGAUGGAGCGUCUGAGUGUGGAGUAUGGCAAGCGCUCUAAACUCGAAUUCUCCGUCUACCCGGCUCCUAGAAUAUCCACCGCGGUUGUCGAGCCAUACAACUCGAUUUUGACAACUCACACUACGCUGGAGCACUCGGACUGCGCUUUCAUGGUGGACAAUGAGGCCAUCUACGAUAUCUGCCGGCCGCUUAAGGUGAUGCAUGAAAUGAUAAUUGGGUUUUUCCCACAAUUGGAUGAGUAG